CUCUCUCUCUCUCUCUCUCUGUAAUCUCCACCAUAUCUAAUGACUUCUUCAUCUUCAUCCUCUGUUCCUCACCUUGUCUUCUUCUCCUACAGUCCUACCAACCCCUCCUCUCUUCAUUGACCCCACGCUAAACCUUUAACCUUAACCUUUCUCUCUCCUUCUCUGCUUCUCUCUCUGCUCUGUAAAUACUCAACAAUGGCGUCAACGCCGCCGCACUGCUCCAUCACAGCCACCAAGCCGUACCAAACUCACCAGUACCCACAAAACCAGCGCCUCAAGUCCCACCGCCACAACCCCCGCCCCGCCAACCAAUGGCCACCCGCCACCACCCGCCACGUCUCCCUCUCAAAGCCUCUGCCUUUACCGCCGCCCAGACCCGCCGCCGCCGCCCCGGCCCCGUUCUCCACCAUCUGCCCUCAGCCCAAGUCCGACCUCGCCGCGGCGUUCUCCGGCCGCCGCUCGACCCGGUUCGUCUCCAAAAUGCACUUCGGCCGGCCCAAGACCACGGUGGGGUCCCGCCACUCGCCGCUGGCGGAGGAGGCGCUGCAGAGUGCCGUUCAGUUCGGUAAGGACGAGUCUGCCCUUGAUGAUGUAUUGCUUAGCUUCGAGUCUAGGCUUUGUGGGUCGGAUGAUUAUACGUUUAUGUUGAGAGAGCUUGGGAAUAGAGGGGAGUGUUGGAAGGCCAUUCGGUGUUUCGAGUUUGCGGUGAGGAGGGAGAGGAAGAGAACCGAGCAGGGGAAGCUAGCAAGCUCCAUGAUUAGUACUCUUGGUAGGUUGGGGAAGGUUGAGCAUGCCAAGAAUGUGUUUAACACUGCUGUCACUGAGGGCUAUGGCAAGACUGUUUAUACUUAUUCGGCUUUGAUUAGUGCCUACGGCCGCAGCGGCUACUGUGAUGAGGCUAUUAGGGUGCUCGAGUCCAUGAAAGACUCGGGCUUGAGGCCGAAUCUGGUUACUUAUAAUGCCGUGAUUGAUGCGUGUGGGAAAGGAGGAGUGGAGUUUAAGAAGGUAGUGGAGGUUUUCAAUGAGAUGCUGAGAAGUGGGGUGCAGCCUGAUCGGAUAACUUAUAAUUCUCUCCUUGCGGUCUGUAGCCGAGGGGGACUGUGGGAGGCUGCUAGAAACUUGUUCAGUGAGAUGGUGAAUAGAGGGAUUGAUCAGGAUAUUUAUACGUACAAUACGCUUUUGGAUGCAAUUUGUAAAGGUGGGCAGAUGGAUUUGGCCCAUCAGAUUAUGUCGGAGAUGCCUUCAAAGAAUUUCUUGCCUAAUGUGGUGACCUAUAGUACUAUGAUUGAUGGUUAUGCCAAGGUGGGAAGAUUAGAAGAUGCACUUAGUUUAUUUAAUGAAAUGAAGUUUUUGGGCAUUGGUCUGGAUAGAGUUCUGUAUAAUACAUUGCUGUCGCUUUACGGAAAGCUUGGCCGGUUUGAGGAGGCAUUGAAUGUUUGCAAGGAGAUGGAGAGUGUUGGGAUUGUGAAGGAUGUUGUAUCUUAUAAUGCACUUCUUGGUGGGUAUGGGAAGCAAGGGAAGUAUGAUGAAGUUAAAGGACUGUACAAUGAAAUGAAACAAGAACGUGUAUCACCGAAUUUGUUAACUUAUUCCACAUUGAUUGAUGUGUAUUCAAAAGGUGGUUUGUAUGUGGAUGCAGUGAAGGUUUUUAGAGAGUUUAAGCAGGCAGGGCUGAAGGCUGAUGUUGUGCUAUAUAGUGAACUAAUUAACGCUUUGUGCAAAAAUGGGCUGGUGGAAUCUGCUGUUUCAUUGCUUGAUGAGAUGACCAAGGAAGGUAUCCGGCCUAAUGUUGUCACUUAUAAUUCUAUAAUUGAUGCCUUUGGUAGGCCAAGUACAACAGAGUGCGGAGUUGAUGCUGGUCCUGGGGGCAUUGUGCCACACAAUGGAUCACCAUCUUCAAUUUGUGCAAGGGAUGUUGACAUAUCUGAAAAAAAUGUUCAAAUUCAAAUAAGAGAUAUGGAGGAUACCAGAAUUAUGAGGAUGUUUGGGCAGCUUGCAGCUGAUAAAGCUGGUUAUGCACAGAAAGAUAGGAAGGUCAGACAAGAAAUAUUGUGCAUUUUGGGUGUCUUUCAGAAGAUGCAUGAACUUGACAUCAAACCGAAUGUUGUCACAUUUUCAGCCAUUCUAAAUGCUUGCAGCCGAUGUAAUUCAUUUGAAGAUGCUUCCAUGCUAUUGGAGGAACUGCGAUUGUUUGAUAACCAGGUUUAUGGUGUGGCCCAUGGACUUCUUAUGGGCUACAGAGGUAAUGUAUGGCUUAAAGCUCAGUCUCUCUUUGAUGAAGUUAAGCAGAUGGACUGUUCAACUGCUUCUGCAUUCUAUAAUGCUCUUACCGACAUGCUAUGGCACUUUGGACAGAAGCAAGGGGCACAACUGGUUGUGCUUGAAGGGAAGCGUCGAAAUGUAUGGGAGAAUGCAUGGUCUAAUUCACGCUUAGAUUUGCAUCUGAUGUCUUCUGGGGCUGCUCGGGCAAUGGUUCAUGCAUGGUUGCUCAAUAUACACUCUGUAGUGUACAAAGGCCAACAAUUGCCACACCUAUUAAGCAUUUUGACGGGAUGGGGUAAGCACAGCAAAGUAGUAGGCGACAGUGCCUUAAGACGAGCAGUUGAGGCACUACUUACCAGCAUGGGGGCUCCCUUUCGGGUUAAUGAGUGUAACAUAGGUAGGUUUAUAUCGACCGGAUCUGUUGCUGCUGCCUGGUUAAAAGAGUCAGGCACACUGGAAGUGCUCAGGCUUCAUGAUGAUAGGGCUGAACCAAAUGGAGCAAAUUUUGGCCAUAUAUCCUCCGAUCUUCGAGCGCUCACUUUGUAGCUUGUGUCUUGUAUCGUAGCAUGUUUAUAAAAUGUACUAUAUGUAUUAUUAUUUGACACUUACCUGUUAAGUCUCA